AUGAACACACUCACACUCCUUCUCCACCUCCUACUCCACACAUUCCUCCUCCUCACAUCCGCGCUUCCAACCCCCAAUCCCCAGUCACAGUCACAGUCCGCCGAGCCAAAAACUCUCUGCACAACCACCGCCCAAUCCCCGCCCACAAGCCUCAUCACCGAGGCCAUAACGGCCUACACAAACUCCUGCAGCACGCCCGCGUCGGUGCCGACAUCGAAGGCAUGUAUCAACCUCGCGGAGAGCGCAGACAGCGGGUACUAUAUUAGUCUCUGUGGGUGGCAUGCGGCGUUCACGGACUGUGCGGAUGCGGGGGCGCUGGUGGGGGCGCUGGUGGAGGCGUGUGCGGAGGAGGGGAGGGCGGAGGGGCAGAUUAGUGGGGAGUGGGGAACGGUGGUUGUGGGGAGGGUGGUGGGGAAGACGGGGAGUACAUGA